AUGUACUGGCAAGGAGGAAUACUAGUCCAACUAACUCCCUCGUCUACCAACAGGAACGAUAAUGACAUGUAUGACCACAUGAACAAUUCAGUCUACAACUUUUUAUUCGACUCCAUCAUCAACGCAUACCUCAUAGACAAUUGCGGUCUCCAUCCUCCAUCAGCAUCUCAGUUUGGCAUGUGUGUACACACCCACACCGACUUCUUCUCAUCUAUUGCAUACCCUGCCGUUGCUGAGCUUGCCUUGCGUGUGAACAAGCUUGGUCGAUCCAGUGUCACGUACGAGACUGCACUCUUUGAGAAGGGGGUGGAUGAGGUCAAGGCGGUAGGGGAGUUUGUGCAAGUUUAUGUCGAUAGGGAGAAGAACCGGCCACUCAAGGAUGGUAUGGCGCAGACACUGCGAGUGGAGCUUGAGAAAUUGGUUGUUGUCAAGCCCAAGCUGUGA